CUCCAUACAAACAAAAAUGGCGGACAUCGAGAAGUGGAUAAGUAUUGCGAAGGAUUGUAAAUAUCUUCCAGAAAAUGACUUAAAGAAAUUAUGCGACAUGGUGUGUGAGCUGUUGCUGGAGGAAUCCAAUGUCCAGCCGGUGUCCACACCAGUGACCGUAUGUGGAGACAUUCAUGGACAGUUCUAUGACCUCAUGGAAUUAUUUCGGACAGGAGGACAAGCACCAGACACCAACUACAUAUUUAUGGGUGACUUUGUAGACCGAGGAUACUACAGUUUAGAGACAUUCACACUUCUACUGACAUUGAAAGCUCGAUGGCCAGACAAGAUUACAUUAUUACGUGGAAAUCAUGAAAGUAGACAAAUUACACAAAUCUAUGGAUUUUAUGAUGAAUGCCAAACCAAAUAUGGAAAUGCCAAUGCAUGGCGGUACUGUUGUAAAGUGUUUGAUUUGCUGACCGUAUCUGCAAUUAUAGACGAAUGUAUUCUGUGUGUCCACGGAGGUCUGUCCCCAGACAUCAAAACCAUUGACCAGAUCCGAACCAUAGAAAGGAACCAGGAAAUCCCUCACAAAGGCGCCUUCUGUGAUCUUGUCUGGUCCGACCCUGAGGAUGUAGAAACUUGGGCGAUCAGUCCCAGGGGUGCUGGUUGGCUGUUUGGUUCAAAGGUCACCAAUGAAUUUGUACACAUAAACAACUUAAAAUUGAUAUGCAGAGCACAUCAGUUAGUCCAUGAAGGUUACAAGUACAUGUUUGAUGAGAAGCUGGUGACAGUGUGGUCAGCCCCUAACUACUGCUAUAGGUGUGGAAACAUAGCUGCAGUCCUUUCCUUCAAUGAUGCAGAUCAACGAGAGGCUAAACUCUUCCGAGCAGUACCCGACAGUGAACGUAUCAUACCCUCGCGCACGACGACACCCUAUUUCCUAUAGAAACACAUGAUGAUACUGUAAAUGUAUUUGAAAACAGACUUGUUUUUAUAGGACACAGACAGAUGUAUACAGUGCUGGGACAGAGUCAUGCUGGGUCAUCUGACGGAGGACCAUUUAUAUUAUAGCAUUCGAUUGUUGCCUUUGGAUGUUAUUUGCAUCAGACACUUUUAAUGUUAAAGUCUACAAUUCUGAACUAAUCGGAUUAAAAAUAUCCAAUUAAGUUGACCUCGGUAACAUCACUAAUAGCAUGACUGUUUAUUGUGGUAACCACACAAUCUGAGUACUAACUAUUUACUAUGGUAACCACACAAAUACAACUGUUUAAGUGUUUACCUUGGUAACGGUAACAUAUAUUUUAUAAUCACUUUAAAAACUACACAAACUGUGAUACAGCAGGUAGUUAAUUUUUCUGGAAUUUUGAAGAGAAAAAACAAGAGAUUCUGAAAUGCUUUGAUAGAGAUUGAGAUUGAAAUGAUUUUAGAAUUGUUUGAGUAAUGUUGGAUUCCUGUAAUUAGUGCAUGGGGACACCAGAUUUUAAGUGGGUAAGGGAUUACGUUGGAUUGAAUUACUGGAAAUGUUUCAUUAUUUAUAAUACGAGUGAUUGUAUAUGAUAAAACAUUAACAAACUACUACAAGUGUGAUAAAUAUGUCAUUUUGUAAUUAUAGAAAUCAGAACUGCAACAUGAGACCUCAGUCAAGCAGUUGAUGAUGUUUAAACAAGUCAUUCUGUUUGCAUGAAAGAAUAAUUUUGAGCAUAAACGAUAUUCAUUGUAAAUGUACAAAAAUGGGCUGUUGAAAGAGUGUUGACUAAUAUGUAAUAUUAUGAUACAUUUAUAAAGGGGUUGUCUAGAAUAUACCGGUUAUACAUUUAUAAAGGUGUUGUCCAUGAACAGAAUGUGAAUGCGAUGGUAGUCUCAAUUUAUUUCCAAAACCUUUUUUUUAACAACAAGAUAUACAGUAUUGUGAUUGUCUCUAUGAGGAGGUAUGAGUGAUUGAAUGUGUAGUGUGAUGGAUAUUUGAAGGUUACAGAUAUUUGUGUUCAGUAGGUACAUAUGUUUUCCAUUGCAUGUAUAGAUGUACAGAUUUGAUAUUUGUAUGAAAUGUAUAUAAUGUAUAGAUGAAAUAAACUGUAAUUAUUUUAUCAGCA